GAUGUUACGGACCUGCAUUCUUAUACGUGUAUUUUGGUUCUAAUCCAUCAACCCUUUAUGCUGAUUGUGCUAGAUGUAGCUAAUCUUAUUUGAGUAAAAUGUGGUGAUCUCUCUCUGUAUCAGGGCGCAGGCAAUAUAUCACUGAAAUAACUUGCUAUAUUUUGCUUAGACUACAUAUUCGAGAAAUUAUAAAUAGAAAAAAUGUCGGCAACUUAUGGCCUGAAAUGAGUUUGAAGUAAUUUUAACUGAGUUCGAAGUAAAAAUGUCAGCAAUUUACGUACAGAAAAAUGUCAGCAACUUAGAACAUUUAGUUUUGUGUGUGCUGUGGAUGAAGCACGUAGAACUUGUACAAACUAAUGGAGGUUAAUAGUAGCAAGUCCAUACACAUCUAGUCAGAUCAUCUGGAUGUGGUUGAAUCGUUGGUUAUAUUGUAGAAUCAAUCAUGCUGACACAACCAAGAGAGAAAAUGCAGUAUGGAUAAGCAAGAUAGUUUUCAUUAGAAGGAAAGGAAACAAUAAGAAAAGACAAGUUAGAUGCAACAUAAUCCAUAUUUCUGCAAGUUUUGGUUCAGAUUCCUUUCAUUUUCUUCAUGUCCAUCCUAAUCCUAUGUGUGGUUGAAGACUGAAUAGUCCGAAAAAUAUAAGCUACUGCUUGAACAUUUAUGUUUGUUUGUUCUGAAAUCAGUGGAUGCAAGCAAUCAUACAACAGUUAAUUUCAUUUCAUCCUCUGCUACUAUCUCUCUCUCAAGGACCGACCACCAUUCCAGUUAGGAUGGAGUUAGUAACCGGCAUAUAAGCAAUGAAUCUGCACUUAAUUAACUAGAAGGAGCAAAUUAAGCAGCACAUGAGAUGGUUUUAGUGGCGUACGGUCGUGGGGUCCAUGUAAGUGGACAAAGAACUCGUGCGGGGAAAUAUAUGCUGGUGUACUCAGGAAUGUUCUUCAUUAGCACCGUUUUCUCUCUUUUUCUUUAGUACAUCUAAAUGUUGCAUUAGACAUUUUCUUUCAUCGCUACUUACUUUUUAGACCUCAUUGACAAGCUAAUUAGGGGCACCUGCAUGUAAUAUCUUACACUUUUUGCUGCGUCGAGCAAGGAAUGAUGGAGUCAAUGACUAGUAUUGCUCCAAGUGUCGGGUCAACUACAGCGAUGGGACUUGAAGAUGAUGCCAACAAUUUUUCCAUGGUCCAAACGAGAUUUGGCAUAAAUGAUGAAGAUCGUUACAGCACACCGAAAAGAACCAGUAGCCUACCCGCGUGUGAAAGUUUAUUACUUAGUGAUUUCAUUUACUAGUUUCAUGGGUUUCAGUUCUGGAGCUAAUCCAUUGUGUUAACUUACGCAAGGGUCAACUUACGAGCCAGAGUGUGAUGACAGCCUACAACCCUCAAUUGGAAUGCGAUUUGAUAGCUGGGAGGCAGGUUUGGCAUUCUAUAGAAUGUAUGCUCAUGAGGUUGGCUUCUCUGUACGCGUAUGGACACAACACAAAGGAGAGGGUGGUGUAAUAAUCUGGAAGAAGUUUGUUUGCGCAAGACAAGGUUGGAGGAAGAGAAAAUCAGUGGAUCUAGGUCAAGUUACUCAAGAAGUGGGGAGAAAAAAGGCUAAAAGAAAUAUCAAGAUAAGCAGAUGCGGUUGCAAGGCUAUGAUGGGAUUGAAGAGGCAAGAUGACAACAAGUACGAGGUCGUCCAGUUUGUUCAAUCGCACACGCACCAACUUGUCUCACCAAGUAAGAGGCAUCUCAUCAGGUCAAAUAGAGAGAUUGCAUCAUACAAAUGGUUAUUUCAGACUUUCUUGAAAGCAAUGUGUGGGGUUGCACCAAAGCUAGUCAUAACCGAUGAGGAUCAAAGCAUGAGAAGAGGAAUAGAAUCUAUAUUUCCGAACACAAAGCAUCGACUCUGUAUGUGGCAUAUUCUGAUGAAACUCCCUGAAAAGGUUGGACCCAUCUUGAGAGACAAUGAAGAUUUUAAACCACGAUUCAUGGCAUGUGUCCGGGGAUCAGAGACUCCAGAUGAGUUCGAAUCACGGUGGUCCUCAAUAAUUUCUGAGUUUGGCCUAGAGGAUAAUGAAUGGUUGAAAGAGAAGUAUGGUUUACGGGAAUCAUGGAUUCCAGCAUACUUUAUGGAGUUCUCCCUUGGUGGAAUAUUACGUACAACAUCUAGAUCUGAGAGUGAGAAUGCAUUUUUUCGACACUUCACUAACCGAAAGCUUACCUUGAUUGAGUUUUGGGUAAGAUUUGAAACCGCUUUGGAAGAGCAACGACAAAAGGAGUUGCAAGAGGAUAAUUGUGCACUUCAUACCUUGCCAGUACUCGAGACUUGCUGGGGAAUUGAGGCUCAUGCCAGAGAAGUGUAUACUCACAAUAUUUUUGUUGCUUUCCAACGUGAGGUGGUGGCUGCUAGGGAUCGUCGUCAUGUCAAAACCAUUGAGCGGGUUGGUGAUGUCCGAACCAUGAGCAUUGGUGACCUUAGUGGAAGGAUAAUAACUGUCUGCUUCAACACUAAUACAAAGGCUGCACAAUGUACUUGUCGAAUGUUUGAAUCAUUGGGCAUACUUUGCUCUCACAUCAUUGUUGUCUUAAAGAAUGAUGGGUGUAAUGAAAUUCCUAGCCAAUAUGUGCUGCAUAGGUGGACUAAAAUGGCUGCACGACAUCUUUGCUAUGAUGCCAAUGGACAUGAGAUGGAAGGGUCAUCUACUUCUCUUUCACCUAUCAUCAAGAAAUUGUAUUCACAAACAUGGUCGCGGUUCAGCUUGGCAUUGCAUGAAGCUAGACAUUGUGAGGAGAAGAUGGAAUACUUAAACAAAGUUGUUGCUGAUGCUCUUGCACACUUGAGGCAGACGGCGCCACUUGACGAACAAAGUAAAGUUCAAGAGUUUGAAUCCUUUAUUGGAACAACAUUCCCAAGCAUCAUCAAUAUUCAUCCCCCUGAUAUUGCAAAUACAAAGGGCAGUGGCAAGAGAUUGAAGAGGGGUUCAGAGGAGGCCAUUAACAAAAGGAAAAAGAGCAAGUAGCAUCCAAAAAGGUUCAACAUCAGCAUAUUGUUCUACUUAACGAGGCAAACAUGACGGCACAACCCACCAAAUGGAGCGGACAACCUUUACUUUGUGUUAAAUAAUGGAUGAAAAAUGUGUUUGUUAAUGUGAUAUAUGGACCUAGUUCAAGUACACCAUGUUGAAUCUGUUGCAAUAUAUGUGUACCUACUAAUCUUCUAUACAUUUCUUGUAACUGCUGGCUGCAACUCUAGUUAUGUGCAUGAGACUAAUGUGUAUUGUCAUGAAUCUCGUUCACAAAGCAUUCAAACUGUCC